GCCAGCGUCAUGCGCUGGUGUGUUGUGUAAAAAUGGAAAGGAAGAUGGAGGAGAACGUGAGAGACGUCGACACCGGCAGUGAAGCUGGAAGAGAGGAAGCCUUAGUGGGCAAUGUGAACAAGCUGAUGGUUACUCCAACAGGAUACACAGGAGUUUCACGGAAAAGCCACCUUGUCUUUGAUGCUUGCUUCGAGAGUGGUAACCUUGGACGUGUUGACUGCAUCAGUGAAUUUGAGUUUGACCUUUUCAUCAGACCGGACACCUGUAACCCUCGCUUCAGAGUAUGGUUCAACUUCACAGUGGAGAAUGUGCAGGAAACACAGAGGGUGAUUUUCAACAUUGUCAACUUCAGCAAGACCAAGAGCCUGUACAGGGAUGGCAUGUCUCCAGUGGUGAAGUCCACCAGCCGGCCUAAAUGGUACAGUCACACCUUAAAGAAAACGAAACCAAAAAACACCUAUUAUUACUCCCACCCUGACCAUCGGAGGAACUAUGUGAUGUCCUUCGCCUUCUGCUUUGACCGAGAGGAUGAUGUGUACCAGUUUGCCUACUGCUACCCCUACACCUACACCAGACUGCAGCACUACCUGGACAGCUUGGAGCACAGGAACCUGGACUACCUGCAGAGAGAGCAGCUGGGGCUCAGUGUGCAACAGCGACGUCUAGAUCUCCUAACCAUCACCAGCCCUGAGAACCUGAAGUGUGGAGAAACUAAGAAGCUUGUUGUUCUCACAGCCCGUGUACACCCUGGGGAGUCGCCUGCAUCCUUCAUCUGUCAAGGAGUGAUUGACUUCCUGGUCAGCCAGCACCCUGUAGCCGUAAUCCUGCGUGACCAUGUGAUCUUUAAGAUUGUACCCAUGCUCAACCCUGACGGGGUCUACUUAGGCAACUACAGGUGCUCUCUUAUGGGUUUUGAUCUGAACCGUCACUGGCAGGAGCCGUCCCCCUGGGUCCACCCCACCCUCCACGCCGUCAAACAGCUCAUUGUACAGCUCAGCCAAGACGCAAAGGUGGGUCUGGAGUUCUACAUUGAUGUGCACGCACACUCCACCAUGAUGAAUGGCUUCAUGUACGGGAACGUGUUUGAGGAGGAGGAGAGAGUCCAGAGACAGGCCGUGUUCCCUCGCCUGCUCUGCCAAAACGCCCCAGACUUCUCCUUCUCCAACACAUCGUUUAACCGUGAUGUUGUGAAAGCUGGCACCGGGAGGCGCUUCCUGGGCGGCCUGCUGGACGACAUGUCCUACUGCUACACCCUGGAGGUGUCCUUCUACAGCUACAUGGCAGCAGGGAGCACGGCGCCCGUUCCCUACACAGAGGACACCUACAUGAAUCUGGGAAGAAAUGUUACCCGCACAUUCCUCGACUACUACAGGCACAACAACUUCAUCGAUGACAACAAACCACAAACCCCAAAUCACAUCAACAGUACAGAGGUAUUGUCCCAGGGACGACAGGGGAAUGGAAUAGGGAACGAGAAGACCUUGGGGGGUGAGAGAGGAGCAGAGAGGAAGAACCUGGGACUUAAAGAUUAG